AACCACUGCUUUUUUUUGUAGUUCUUUGUUGCUACCUUGACGUAUGCCUUGGACGCCUUCGGGCGCCGGACACGAACUACACCACACUGUCGCCUACGCGUGACGACAUAACGUCGCGACAAGCUAAUUAGCUAGCUGAAUGACGGUAACGAUUACUGGAAGAAGGAGCGGAGCUAACGUCCACUUAUCCGUUAACGUUACCGGGAUAAUCCACACCUGAGACACGGAGACAGCUGGUGGGUAGAACACGGGUCUCUCUCCUCAGUGACACAGAGAGGUCUGAGCCUCCAUCACCAUGACAGACAACAAGCGUCUCGCCUUCUCCAUCCUCCAGUUCCUCCACGACCAGCUGCAGUCAGGGAACCUGACCUCAGGCGCUCAGGAGAGUCUGGAAGUUGCUGUUCAGUGUUUGGAGACGGCGUUUGAUGUCUCCACUGACGACCAGAGUCUCGCCGUCCCGCUGACGUUACCGGAGAUCUUCGCCUCCGCCACAGCCGAGUUUCCGGAGGAGUCUCAGGUCAACAACAACGCUGCUCCUCCUCGACCCGCCAACUCUCUGACGGAGGAGCAGAGAGCCGAGGCCGAGACGCUCAAAACCGACGGUAACGACCAAAUGAAAGUGGAGAACUUUGCAGCAGCUGUUGAGUUUUACUCCAAGGCCAUCGCCCUCAACCCUCAGAACGCCGUCUACUACUGCAACAGGGCUGCAGCGUACAGUAAACUGGGGAACUAUGCUGGAGCCGUGCAGGACUGUGAACAAGCCAUCAGCAUCGACCCAAACUACAGUAAAGCCUACGGCAGGAUGGGUUUGGCGCUGGCGAGCCUCAACAAACACACAGAAGCAGCUACUUACUAUAAGAAAGCUCUGGAGCUGGACCCCGACAACGACACGUAUAAAACCAACCUGAAGAUCGCAGAGGAGAAGAUGGAGACGUCCAGUCCAACAGGAGGGAUGGGUGGAGUGGAUCUGGCCGGUCUGCUCAGUAACCCCGGCUUCAUGAACAUGGCGUCCUCUCUGAUGAACAACCCUCAGGUUCAACAGCUGAUGUCGGGGAUGAUGUCGGGAGCGUACGGUGGGAUGCCAGGAGGAGGAGGAGCAGCAGGAGGAGGUGGAGGAGGAGCAGGAGGGAUGCCAGGAGGAGGAGCAGGAGGGAUGCCAGGAGGAAUGCCAGGAGGAAUGCCAGGAGGAGGAGCAGGGAUGCCAGGAAUGCCAGGAGGAUUAGGAGGACUUGGGGGACUAGGAGGACUCGGAGGAGGACUUGGAGGAGGACUAGGAGGAGGUGCUGCAGCGGGGGCGCCGCCCACUGGAGGCGCUGCAGCUCCUGGAGGAGGAGAUUUAUCAGGACUGAUCCAGGCAGGUCAGCAGUUUGCUCAGCAGAUGCAGCAGCAGAACCCCGAACUCAUCGAGAUGCUGAGGAGUCAAAUUCGCAACCGAACGCCCAGCGCUGGAAACGAGGAGCAGCCAUGACACUCAGAUACCGUUGGACAUGUUUGUGUGUGGAGAAGAAGAAGAAGAAGAAGAGCUGAUUUGGAUCAUUUAUAACUCGAAGGACUAAAAGGAAGUUGUUUUUUUUCCCAUCACUGAAUAAAAUUCCUGCACGAGAGAACGAGGAGCUUCAUUCAGGAGCCACGGCACCAAAAACUACAAACACCCACUUCCUGCGGCUCUGUGUGGGUUUUAGGAAGAAUAUUUUGACUUUAACACUUUGAUAUCAAACAGAUUAAUUCUAAGAGAUAAAUAAAUAAAUAAUGCUCUAAUAGGAACAUGGAUGAGUUUAAAAAAGACGCUUGAAAUUUCUUCUUAAAACUACACAGUGUAACUUUAAAUGUGUUUGUUCAGGACCUUGUUUAUGACGGAUCUGAGUGUGUGUAAGUGUGUGCGCAUGUGUGUGUGUGUGUGUGUGUGUGGCAGGUUGAGCUUUGAGGAGGCAGAGAGCUGUUCAAACACAGUCUGACAAUUAAAAAGAGCAUCUCAACAUUUUACACCCUCCUCCGUCUGACGUCUGGUGAUUCACUCUGUUUCUCUCUGCAGGUUUACUAACAAUAUAACUUCCAUUCAAGUUUAAACUUUUAAAUACUCUUAUAGACUUUGUCCCCCAAAAAUGUCUGUUUUUUUAAUUUUUAUUAUUAUUCU